AUGACAGUGCAUCGGCAGCCAGCAGCAUGGAGGUCAUGGACCGCAUCGCCUCCCUGGAGCAGCGUGUCCAGAUGCAGGAGGACGAGAUCCAGCUGCUCAAGUCAGCGCUGGCUGACGUGGUGCGCCGCCUCAACAUCUCUGAGGAGCAAAACGCCAUGACCAACAGGAGGGGACCCACUAAAGGUAACUGACGUGUCACACAAAAAGGCACGGGCAGAGACACACAGGUACACACACACACAUCCCAGGGAGGUUUUAUUAACGUUCUGUGAAUGGCAGAUAUAGGUUAUUUGAAGGUAUUUAAAUAACGUUCUGAGAACGUUUCAAUAAAACACUGCUGGCUUAGGUUAACUGUUUUGAAUUCAAAGCACAGAUAGGACACAUGGAAAUUCAUUUACUAAGGCAUUCAUCAUGCAAACACAUUCCUUUUUUGUUGUGGCACAGCAUCAGUGAGACUCAAACCUAUGAUCUUCUGUUCUCUAUCCAUGGAAUUAGUCCACUGCGCCACCAGGAUGGAGCUAGCAUGCCAUGUUUUUUUUUUGCUCAUACAAAGCUGUUCAUUUUAGUCUAUUCAAACAGACCCCAUUUCAAAAGAAACAAGCGCUCAUUAAGAUCAGGUGUGGCCAAAUAGUUGGUGUGGCCAACACACCUGAACACACUUAACAAGAUAGAGAAUAGAGAGAGUUUUGUUGACGCUUUAAAAAAAAUUAUGUUUUUAAAUAACAUUCUUAGAACGUUCUUUAAACGUUACUGAUGUUUUCUUGUGGGUUUUUAUGGAAUGUUUUCUUAGUGUUCUGAUAACAUGACUUUAAAUAGAACCACGAGAAAAUCUGCACAAAACGUUCUGCUGAAGUACUGAACUUCCCACAGAAGAACGUUGUUUCGUAACGUUCUCUGAACUAUUUGAGAACAUUCCCAAUGUCAAACCAGUUGGAGAACGCUCAUAGGAUAUUACCAAAAAUGUAAUUAAAUGUAACCAUGUUUGAACUUUUAGGAAAAGUUAUGUUAAAGUAAUGAAAUACCAAGAAAAUACGUUUUUUUGUCAAGUUCCUUAAAUGUGCUGAGAAUGUUCCAAAGCCAAGUAACUAUCCUGCACCAUUCCCAGAACGUUGUGGGAAGGUUGUAUGUGAAAUAAACAUAUGGUUCUCAGAACGUUAUGUGCUAGCUGGAAUAGAACUUAUGGAUCUCACACACACACACACACACACACACACACGUAAACUUUUGUUUCCCUCCCAUUCCAGACCCAUCUUCUCCUAUUGUGUUUCUCCAUCUAUCUAUAUCUCACUGUUUACGCUACUUUCAUCUUCCUGUCAUCCUUUCCUGGACUCUGUUGUCGUGGUAUGUGUAUGUACAGCUGUAGACCCAGCUUUGAUGAAAAGGUCCCCCUCGUCAGACAGCAAUGGUGGAAAGCCAGGUAGGCUCUGUCCCUUCUAACAUGGCCUGCCAGGUAGGCUCUGUCCCUUGUAUCAUGGCCUGCUUUGUGCAACUCUACAGAGCGCUACUGUGUCUUCAGUAUGAUGUACAUUUUAUGACAAAAGUCCAUAGUCUCUAUGACAAAAGGGAGUAGGGAUGUCCUAAAAUGUACAUUGUACUACUGUGCACUAGUGUCCACUGAGUCUACUGACACUGAGCACAUUGCCAGUGAAGGACAUUCUGAUGUUGUUGCACUAGACUGCAUGCCACACAAGUCCCCCUAACUCAGAGUGGAUGAGAGGUGGUAUGCUGUGGAAACACUUGCAUGGUUUUUCCUUAAUUCUAGCAUGUCCUGACACCCACACUAAAUAUCACAUUAUGUGGCUACAAUUCACCGACAAACUUUGAGAUGCUAGUUAUUUGCAUAUUUUGGCUGUACCUUAGUGAGAUACAGGAUAAGUCAUCGCUCCUCUGCUCUACACAGAGGCGAGCCAUGGCACUUCAAAAACAGUGGUUCGUUUGAAAUACACACUCCCCACUCUCUCUCUCACUCUCUGCCUGGUGCCCCUGUUUGAUCUAAUUCUGCUGUAUCGCACACACACCACACACACACACACCACACACACACACACACACACACACACCACACACACACACACACGCCAGCCGGGCAAAGCAAGCAUAACAAACCCCACCAGCUUAUCUGCAGUGAUAAAUAUUUCAAAGCCACUGUUCUGCCGUCCAUACAAAUACAGGCCUUGCUACCCUUAUCAGUGCUGUUAGCAAUUAUGCUGAGGAGGUAAAGUGGGCCCCUAAUGGCGUUAGAAUGGAGCGCAGGGAGUCACUCGAGGUGUGAGUGAAGGUCUAGCAGUGUGACUGCACAUAAAGAGGCAUGUGUCUAUUGAACUGUUGUUUCAAUGAAUCUCAAAUAAAAUUUUAUUUUAAAUCAAAUAAAAUUUUAUUUGUCACAUGCUUCGUAAAAACAACAGGGAUAGACUAACAGGGAAAUGCUUUCUUCAGGGCCCUUCCCAACAAUGCAGAGAGAAAAGAAAGAGAAAUAGUAGAAAAAGAAUAACACAAGGAAUAAAUGGUUCCAGACUUGGUGUAUCGGUACCACUUGAACAGUCUAUGACCUGGGUGGCUGGAGUCUUUAAAAAAUGUUUAGGGCCUUCCUCUGACACCGCCUGGUAUAGAGGUCCUGGAUGACAGGGAGCUCGGUCCCAGUGAAGUACUGGGCCGUACGCACUACCCUCUGUAGCGCCUUGCGGUCAGAUGCCAAGCAGUUGCCAUACCAAGCGGUGAUGCAGCCAGUCAAGAUGGUCUCAAUGGUGCAGCUGUAGAACUUUUUGAGGAGCCGAGGGCCCAUGCCAAAUCUUUUCAGCCUCCUGAGUGGGAAGAGGCGGUGUCGUGCCCUCUUCACGACUGUGUUGCUGUGUGUAGACUAUGAUAAUUCCUUAGUGAUGUGGAUGGGGGCGUGCUUGGCCCUCCAUUUCCUUUAGUCCACGAUCAGCUCCUUUGUCUUGCUGACAUUGAGGGAGAGAUUGUCCUGGCACCACACUGCCAGGUCUCUGACCUCCUCCCUAUAGGCUGUCUCAUCGUCGUCGGUGAUCAGGCCUACCACCCUCGUGUGGUCGGCAAACUUAAUGAUGGUGUUGGAGUCAUGUGCGGCCAUGCAGUAUUGGGUGAACAGGGAGUACAGGAGGGGACUAAGCACGCACCCCUGAGGGGCCCUCGUUUUGAGGGUCAGUGUGGCGGCCGUCAGGAAGUCCAGGAACCAUUUGCAGAGGCAGGUGUUUAUUCCUAGGGUCUUUAGUUUAGUGUUGAGCUUGGAGGGCACUAUGGUGUUGAACGCUGAGCUGCAGUCAAUGAACAGAAUUCUCACAUAGGUGUUCCUUUUGUCCAGAUGGGAAAGGGCAGUGUGGAGUGCAAUAGAGAUUGCGUUAUCUGUGGAUCUGUUGGGACGGUUUGCGAAUUGGAGUAGGUCCAGGGUGUUUGGGAUGUUGGUGUUGAUGUGAGCCAGCCUUUCAAAGAAUUUCAUGGCUACAAAUGUGAGUGCUACGGGGUGAGAGUCAUUUAGACAGGUUACCUUGGCAUUCUUGGGCACAGGGACAAUGGUGGUUUGCUUCUCCUUUAAAGAUUAUAGAGAGCAUCUGAAGCUUAAUGUAAGUGUAUUGUGUGUGUGCUUCCAUGUGCUCUAUAUCUUGAUUGUAUUCAACCUUUCCUAGUAUUUAUUUUACAGGUACAUCAUUGUCCCAUCUCAUAAUUACACUUCACACCUACAGUAAAUAGAGUUGUAAAAUGUUGGAAACUUUUCCAAAGAUCCCAGGUUUUUCAGAAAAACCCAGGAUUUCAGAAAAACCCAAGAACUUUGGGAACGUUUCUAGCAUUUUGCAGCCCUAUAUCUGAAUUAGAAAAUUCCCAAUAGCUGACCACCAUGAAAAGUGUAUUUUCUGCAUGUUGCAGCUAGUUCAAUGCAAAGCACCACUCACCCUGUGGUACUGUGUGUGUUUGUCUUACAGCUAGACCCAUGAUGGCUGCCCUGCCUCUAAGGCACACUGUCAACAACUGCACUGUCUUGCCAAAGAAAAGCUGCGGCACGCUACCAUCCCCCACCGGCUCCAGGAAGGAUGCUGCUGCACCAGCAACCAAGAGGUAAACACAGCUCAAAUCCUCCCCAUUACCUUCCCUUACGAAAAAAGAUUGCAGUCAGAGAGCAGUAUAACUCCAGUACACUGCAGUAUAACUACAGUAUGCUGCAAAUACUGCGUCCAAAAUAACACUUUUUUUACUACAGUAAUUUUGCAGUGUAACUGCAGUUACAGUGCAGUAUAACUGCAGUUUAGCUGCAGUACGCUGCAGUUAUUCUGCAAUUACUAUGUCCAAAAUACCACAGUCGACUGUAGUUACUGCACUUUUACUGCAGUUUCAAAACUGCUAUCUUUUUUUGUAAGGGUUAUGGUAGGCCUAAGGCCAGGAGUUUUCCUGACCACGUGACCUGACAUAGGGCCAGUUUAUGAGAUAUCUCUCAACAGUAUUUUUUUUGUUCUGCGUAAAACCAACUCUGUUUUAGUUUUCGCUUAUUGAACCUAGGGGCUUUAUAAAACAGUAAUGACUGUGUGUUCCAGAUAACCAGAUUUUGGGCAUUCAUAUUUUAAUGUUGUCAGAGUAAAUUGUACCCUAAAGCUCAAGUGCACACUAUUUAAAUACACAUUUCUACCUCACCUAAAAAUUCACACAACAUAGGAAAUCAUUGCACCUUUGGUGUGUUUAUUUUACUAGUCCACACAAAGUCAACAGAUUAUUUUACUCCUGCAAACACACACUGUGUGUCUUUCAUUGUAUUACUACUAUCUCCUCUGUGGCCUGUCUGCCUGUGCUCAUUUUCCCCUCGCGUAAAUUUCCCCUCCUCCUAAGGGAGAGCCAUUGACAUUUUAACAUGUAUAAUAAACAAAGGUACAGUGCUGUCACAGGCGUCCCCAUUUACACUGCGCUGGUAUUCAGAGUCUGGGCAUUGAUUUACUGAUUGGGGCUGACUGGGACCAAGGGAGUGCAGGUAAUCAAUCACAAUUGGCUAUUGGGAACAAUAGGCACUCCUCCAAUGAUGGUAAUGCCUGGAGUCUAAUUAUCAUAAUCCAGGUCUGAGGAAUGGAUGGUGUAUGGAUGGGACUAUAGAGUAAAUAGGUACGAAGGGGAGGAGAGGGAGGGUGGGAGGGAGUUCCUAACAUGGAUGCCCUAUAGGUGAACCUUCUCCAGACUGAAGCAAUAGAUAUAGAGUGAUAUGGAGCGGACCAAGCUAGACUCGGUAACACACUAAGGCACAGGGGAAAUGUCAAGGGUCUGUUGUGUAUUAAUAGGACUAGAAGUGUAAAUGGUUUGUCCAUGCAUGGGAGAUAACAAUGAAUCCCUGGUCGUGUGCACAUAGAGGCCACAUUGAUUCGGCCUCCAUAAGAUCUUGACCCCUGAACUUUAACACUUUGCACAAAGGAUAGCUCACCCGCCCAUACUUCCUAACUCAGUGUUAUUUUAGGAUGAGAAGGACGGAAGUCUGCAGGAAGCUGAAUUGUUUACAUUGAACACUAUUAUUUGUAUUUGCGCUGUGUGCUGAUGUUUCCACAAGAGAUCCCUUCAUACAGGUACACACACGCAUAUACUCAUAUUUGAUCAUAGACAUACGGCAUGUAUUCCUAUUCAUCACAAAGACAUGUUUUCACCAUACCUCCACUCAUGCCAGCUGAUCUCUAUCUCAUUUAAAUGGCACUUUUGCAGUCUCAACCAAAGCUCUGUUCUGUAAAGGUCAUCUCUAUCAAACUGACAAUUUGGUCCAUUACCAGACAUGAGACAUCCUUUUUGAACAAACUAGUAUUGUCAGUUUGUAUCCAAUAGCCACAAUACUGAACUUGAUUCAAAUGGAUGCAAAUGUUAUAGUCAUAUACUGUAUCUACACCUUAAUUCUCUUAAAAAUCACAGAGCGUGAUACUGUACAUCACCUGUCUUUUUUGUCUUAUCACAAUUCACUGUCUCCUUUUCCACUUCCUGUUUCCCUGUUUCCCUUCUCGGUCAUGCAUGCCCCCUGUCUGUCCAGUCUGUCUGGCAUACCCCCCAGACUUAUCUACAUCACUUCUCCUCGCAGGUGAGAGGGUGGCCAAACUGUGAAGCCAUCACCAUCCUCAAACCUCAUAAUGUUACCUCAAUCGAUCCACGAGUCAUUGAAUUAACAGAUCAUUUCUAUGAACAAUGAAUAACAACAUUCAUCACAAAAACAUCUCUCUCCCUGGAAAGCUGUUGCAAUUGUUAUUGUUACUAAGUGGACUACCCUGGUUAAAUAUUGAUUACUGCAUUGUUGGGUUUAGAGCUUGGAAGAAAGGCAUUUCACUGUACUUGUCCAUGUGACAUUAAAACUUGAAACUUGAAACCUGAAACUUAAAUGAAAUGAAUGAAUGAAUCUCUCUCUCUCUCUCUCUGUCUUUUUCUCUCUCUCUUUCUCUGUGUGUGUGUGGUGGGAAUUAGAUCAACUACAGAAGGUGCUGCUCCCAUGCCAACCUAAGUUGGCAAAGAGACCAAAGAUUUCAAUAAAUCCCCCAUGGCCUAAUUAACUCCAUUCCUGAUCGAGGUAUGCCUGCUGCCUGGCAUACAUCAACUAACAAAGGUCCCCUCACACACACAAGCACGCACGCACACACACACACACACACACACACAAACACACACACACACACACACACACACACACACACACAAAGAUACACAUGCUGGACCCUGUUCCAGGGGGAUAACAUCAGCCGCCAACGGGAGGAUUGAAUGGACUUUGGUCUCGCAGGCCGGAUUAGACUUGAGCCUGGUAGCCAUUCCAGCCAAUGAACUGCUGAUGGGGCCGUUCCUUUGUGAAGGCAUUUUUUAAUGGGCUUCUUUUUGACAUGUUUCAACCAUCUCCUCUUAUACCAUCACAAAUGUGACCUUGAAUGAAUCACAGGGGAGAGAGAGGGAAAAGUCUCUCUCUGUCAUGGAUCAGUAAUCGGGUUUCCUGGUAUAGGGCCUUCUUUGGUGUAUUAUGACGGUCUGUACUUACAGUGUCAUAUGAGGACUUGUAGUAGAUAUGGUAUUCAUAGGUUGCUGGUAUGGUCCUUGCUUGACCUUGCCACCACUCUCAAAAUCAAGUUUGAAGUCUUUGAUAUUUCCGAUGAUAGAUGAAAGUUAUUAUAAGGAUUUGCAACUGAAAAAUCUCUGAGGGGAUACAACACUUGGGCUCCCGAGUGGCGCAGCGGUCUAAGGCACUGCAUCUCAGUGCUUGAGGCGUCACUACAGACCCCCUGGUUCGAAUCCAGGCUGUAUCACAACCAGCCGUGAUUGGGAGUCCCAUAGGGCGGCACACAAUUGGCCCAGCGUCGUCCGGGUUUGGCCGGUGUAGGUGGUCAUUGUAAAUAAGAAUUUGUUCUUAACUGACUUGCCUAGUUAAAUAAAGGUACAAAAUAAUAACAAUAACAGCCUAUUUUAACACUAUUCCCCAAACAAUUAAUGCUAUGCUUCUUUCUUUCACCAUUAAGUAAUUGUAUCAUCCAUUUUACUGUCUCUCCCCCAGAGAGAGAAAUCUUGGGUACUUAUUUUAAGACAUUUCAAGUAACAAAUCAUAAUUCCUUAGACAAUUUAUUUUAAGCACCUCUAUUUAUUCAAAAUGCACCAUCAGGUAGAUUUAUCAUCCAUUUUACCAUCUCUUCCUCCAGCACUGUGAGGAGAACCAACUCCAACGAAACGAUGGGUACACUGACACGUAAAGACAGCGCCGACUCCAAGAGCAACCGCACCCGCACCGGCUCUUCCGGGAGUAACUCCAGUGGCAAGAGAGCCAGUGAAAGGUACAGCCAGCCUAACAACAAUAACUCAUCCUCCACAGCCAGACCUGGGUAGUGUUCAGAAGGGCACACCGUAGCAAAAUGUUUAAAAACAGAAAACGAAAACAAGCAUUUCUUAUUGGAAACAUACCGGUUAUAGUCAGUUUCAUAAAGUUUCACCCUACUGCACAUGACCCUGGGAUCAAGUAGUGUUUGUUUUCUUUCAAAUACUUUAUCUGCACUUGAUUAAACCUAUCUGGCGCAAUGCCUGGUUCAGUGUUGACCUUUUUGUUUUUACUCACCCUGCAGCAAACUUAAGGAGCCUGUUUUCAAUGCAGGUAAGAGCCAACUAUAUACUUAUCAGUGAUGCCAUGCACUCAGUGGCUCCCUGUAAGUUAGAGAUUUAAAGCUUUUGAGACACAUACCAUAACAUAACCCUGGAAAAUGUCCUUGCUUUUGUUUUGCAUAAUCUAGAGACAUAUGAUAGCUGUUAUCAACUGACCAUUUGAGCCAUUGUUCGAUUAAAUGGUUGGAUUCAUACAAUUUGUCAGCAUUGUUUGUCAGACGUGCAAAAUAAAUGCAAGGUAUGUUACAGGUUAAAGCCAGGUUAAAGCCAGGGCCUGCAUCCCAGCAGGCAAAAUUGGUUGCAAGAUGUCAAAGUGUCAUCAUUUUGGUUAUAAUGAUGUGAUAAUGACAUAAUUUAAACCACUUUUGCCCACUUGGUCAGUUCCCAGCUCACAGAGUACCACUCAAGGAUGUUCCGUGAUGUGCUGUGAUGUGCAGUGGUGACGUUUGUGCUGUAACGUGUUGAAAAUGUUCAUCCUUCAACCAAUAAUCAUCCAACCCUCCAUAACCACUUCCAUCCUCCCAUAAGUUCUUAUUAAGCAUUUAAACCUCCAUUGUCAUCUAUGAUUUCCUUUUUCCUUUCCUUACCAGGAGUUAUGCACAUGUACAGUGAGGGAAAAAAGUAUUUGAUCCCCUGCUGAUUUUGUACGUUUGCCCACUGACAAAGACAUGAUCAGUCUAUAAUUUAGGUAUGGUAGGUUUAUUUGAACAGUGAGAGACAGAAUCACAAAAAAAUAAAAAAUAAAAACGCAUGUCAAAAAUGUUAGAAAUUGAUUUGCAUUUUAAUGAGGGAAAUAAUUAUUUGACCCCCUCUCAAUCAGAAAGAUCUCUGGCUCCCAGGUGUCUGUUAUACAGGUAACGAGCUGAGAAAGGGAGUGCUCCUAAUCUCAGCUUGUUACCUGUAUAAAAGACACCUGUCCACAGAAGCAAUCAAUCAAUCAGAUUCCAAACUCUCCACCAUGGCCAAGACCAAAGAGCUCUCCAAGGAUGUCAGGGACAAGAUUGUAGACCUACACAAGGCUGGAAUGGGCUACAAGACCAUCGCCAAGCAGCUUGGUGAGAAGGUGCCAACAGUUGGUGCGAUUAUUCGCAAAUGGAAGAAACACAAAAGAACUGUCAAUCUCCCUCGGCCUGGGGCUCCAUGCAAGAUCUCACCUCGUGGAGUUGCAAUGAUCAUUAGAACGGUGUGGAAUCAGCCCAGAACUACACGGGAGGAUCUUGUCAAUGAUCUCAAGGCAGCUGGGACCAUAGUCACCAAGAAAACAAUUGGUAACACACUACGUCGUAAAGGACUGAAAUCCUGCAGCGCCCGCAAGGUCCCCCUGCUCAAGAAAGCACAUAUACAGGCCCGUCUGAAGUUUGCCAAUGAACAUCUGAAUGAUUCAGAGUAGAACUGGGUGAAAGUGUUGUGGUCAGAUGAGACCAAAAUCGAGCUCUUUGCCAUCAACUCAACUCGCCGUGUUUGGAGGAGGAGGAAUGCUGCCUAUGACCCCAAGAACACCAUCCCCACCGUCAAACAUGGAGGUGGAAACAUUAUGCUUUGGGUGUGUUUUUCUGCUAAGGGGACAGGACAACUUCACCGCAUCAAAGGGACGAUGGACGGGGCCAUGUACCGUCAAAUCUUGGGUGAGAACCUCCUUCCCUCAGCCAGGGCAUUGAAAAUGGGUCGUGGAUGGGUAUUCCAGCAUGACAAUGACCCAAAACACACGGCCAAGGCAACAAAGGAGUGGCUCAAGAAGAAGCACAUUAAGGUCCUGGAGUGGCCUAGCCAGUCUCCAGACCUUAAUCCCAUAGAAAAUCUGUGGAGGGAGCUGAAGGUUUGAGUUGCCAAAUGUCAGCCUCGAAACCUUAAUGACUUGGAGAACAUCUGCAAAGAGGAGUGGGACAAAAUCCCUCCUGAGAUGUGUGCAAACCUGGUGGCCAACUACAAGAAACGUCUGACCUCUGCGAUUGCCAACAAGGGUUUUGCCACCAUGUACUAAAUAAUGUUUUGCAGAGGGGUCAAAUACUUAUUUCCCUCUUUAAAAUGCAAAUCAAUUUUUAACAUUUUCGACAUGCAUUUUUCUGUUUUUUUUUUGUUUGUUAUUCUGUCUCUCACUGUUCAAAUAAACCUACCAUUAAAAUUAUAGACUGAUCACGUCUUUGUCAGUGGGCAAACGUACAAAAUCAGCAGGGGAUCAAAUACUUUUUUCCCUCACUGUACUAUUAAUUUAUUUUACUGUAUGAGUUUGUAUACAGCAGCAGUAACAGUAAACACCAUGAGAUAAGAUUAAUUGUGAUGAGAAAGAAGCAUCUCCAGAAUGGUAUUGAUUGCUGGGUUAAUUAGACUCCAGUAACCCAUUAGGCUGAUUUAGCUGGUGUGACUGAUUAGACAUAACAGCUAUUGAGAUGAUACCUAAAUAGUCCCAAUGGACACCGUGCCUUCAUGUAAUAUGUUAAAUUGUUUACUGUUUUUUAGAAUCUCUCUAUAGCCCAUCAUAAGCUAAUCUUCCAAGAAUCCUUAAAGAAAUAAACAAGUGACACAAACAGUACAUGCUUAGCCUAUGUGAAAUCAUCGGCUGCUCCUGUUCUGACUUGUAGAUCAGAAAGAUAGAUAGAUAGAUACAAAAAAAGUCUGAAGCACAAAAGCCUACGUGUUGCCAAGAAGAGGCGCUUGCAUAAAAUGGAGGCACAAAAGUCACAAUGAUGAGUAAGUCCAAGUCAGGAGCCCAUGCAAAACCUCACCUGGUCCUUCUGUCCCCUUCUCUGUGAACUCACAAGGGAUGCGACGAGUGACACACUGCAAAGGUAGGCCUUGGUCCUCAAGCCCCCUUACCUUAGCAGCUCUCUGGACAUUGUGUUCUCCUAAGGCCUUAGAAGAAAGAGUUAAUAUAUACAUAAAUGAGCCAUAUGUGGCAUGGAGGGGUUUUAGCCAACAGACUACCCCACCAUCAUGGGAAUUGCGCCCAAGGAUAUAGUCUGGUAGCUAAAAUCUCGCCAUGCCACAAUUUGGCGUAGUCGGACAGAUAUUACAUUGCACAUAUCUGAUGCUAUUAGAGUUAGACUACCAGCUAUUGUUCUUGUCUCAUACGAGAACGUAUAGUAUAGGCUACUGACUCAGAAUCCUUUUGCCUUAAUGAUUCAUAGGCCCAAUUCACAGAGAGCUGCCCCAUGGUAGGGGUGGGGUUGAGUUGACAGUGAGUGUGAUAGUAUCCCUCCCCAAUAUGUCAGCCAACAGUGGACCAAUAAACACUCUCUAACACACUGAGAGUUUGAACUGUGUGUGGUUGAUUGCAGUGAUUGCAGUGCUGCUGUUACACUAGCUGUUAACUGUAGUGUGGAAUUGCCACUUUCUAGAUGUGUUUGCUCACAGCCACACAGCGCUCUUUUGUCCUUGUCACCAUAGAAACCCCACCAAAUAUUUCCUGCAGUGAACACUGAUCUUCUAAGAGUCCCCGUUUCAGAGCACAACAAGCCGAUUUUCUUGUGCUUGUAUCCUCAAAAGGGCUGUUUGCAUUACAAGCCGAUGCAAAGUCUUUACUUUAUAAUAUUUGAAAUCUUUUUGGAGUUGCUUUAGCCUUCUCUUGCCUUCUCUUGUUUUUGAUGCACAGCUUGUUGCUAAUUUCCAUAAGCUUGGCUAAAGAGAGAUGAAUUGAGAAAGAGACAUGUUUGGAAGCAGACUGUUGUGAAACUCAUGGUCCUUUAGCCAGAUUCAAGGCUGUCAUCUUCGACAGUGGAAAAAUAAAUACAUCGGAAAAACCAAACGUAAAAGAAAAGGCAGGUCCAUAGUAAAUGCAGGGUCAAGUGAAGUGAACAUAUUUAAAUAAUACAUUCAUGUUAUUCACUUUGAUGCCAGCAAAAGUAGACCAAAAAGAGCUGCUUUAUUAUGUCAGAUUUAUCAUAGACAUUAGUUAUAGGUUGAGCUACUGAUGCACUCUUUUAGUAAAAGUCUCAAACUUGACUUGAGCCCCAGUACUUUAGCCCACCUGUGGUUGUUACCCAGUAGAUACCGUAGCUUGUCUUGUACCAGUCCAAUGUUUUGGGGUCGUCCAUUGUAGCAUAGCAGCCAGUUGUCGAUCACAUCUAACUUGGAUAUAUUCUACCAACCCCUCCUCCCCAUUCCUUCUGGCCCCUCUCCAACUCUACCACCUCACCUACCUAGUAACCGUGCAGAUAUAUCUGGCCCGUCCGUCAAAAAGGACCGGAACCGCUGAGGCGCCCAAAUCCAACGCAGCAGCCGUGUCUGGCCGUUCCUCCGCUCCCCCCACUGCGCCUGACUCCAAGAGCGCAUCUGACAAGUCUGUCAAGUCCAAUGGAGUCAGGAAGACCCCGACGUUCGCUCUCCCCCUAAGAAAGUCAGUCAGCCAGUCGUCCUACACCCCUUACUCCCCCUUAGACACGCAAAGCUACAAGAGCCCCAUCAAAUCCCCCAGCCAGUACUUCCAAAUCUGUUACUAAGCUAGAACUAUCCCAGCUUUUGGCAUUAGGUGAAAGAGGUUCUGUGGUAACCGUGGAUGUAAAAAUGGACUUGGAAAAAAACAUUCCUCUCCAUGACUGUUAUGUUUCUGUUUUUUGUUGUUGUUGUGUUUUUUCUGUCUUUUUUUUUUUUUUUUUUUGGUCACAUAUUGACAUGGUUUUGACUCUUAUUUGUGUGUCCUCUGGUUGGUUUGUUCGAAUUAGGUUUUUCAUUCCCUUGCUGUGGCACCAUAAGCCUAUGUUUUUGCUUGUUUUGUCUUCUCUUGUUUACUUGUGUGUUGUACUGUACAUUAAACAAAUGCUAUGAUGCUACAUAACAAUGCAAACUGCCUGCUGUUCAUUUUGCACCGUUCAUUGUUAUUAUCUGAAUUGAAGUUACUAAUAAAAGGGAAUCAAAAGCCUUUCUAUCUCUGUGUUUGCUGAUCUAUCAUUUUCUUUACUAAAUUAAUUCACUCCUUUGCAACAAAAAAUGUAUUGUACAUCAACAUCUCAUAACCAUAACACCCCUCUAAACUAUUGAUAACUUCUGUCUCUUUGCAUCUCCCUCUCAUGCAUGAGUCUCUAAACCACACUUUCAUUUUCACUCCUCUCAUACACUGUUCUCACCAUCACAAACACUCCUCUUGUUACCAAUGAGUUAUGACGAAUUGUCCACUGAAAAUGUCUGUUGCUUUUUUUAGAGGAAGGGUAUGUGAAAAUGUAUUUGAAGGGACGACCCAUCACCAUGUACAUGCCCAAAGACCUUGUGGAUACCUACUGCCUGGAAGCCAAAUCGGACCUGCCAAACAAAAAGCUCAAACUGGACUGGGUGUAUCCUUUUUUCACUGUUGCAGGUUCAGUACAUUUCAAAAAGCUAAAUGUACACUACCAGUCAAAAGUUUGGACACACCUACUCAUUCAAGGAUUUUUCUUUAUUUUUACUAUUUUUUACAUUGUAGAAUAAUAGCAAAGACAUAAAAACUAUGAAAUAACACAUAUGGAAUCAUGUAGUAACCGAAAAAAGUGUUAAACAAAUCAAAAUAUAUUUUAUAUUUGAGAUUCUUCAAAUAGCCACCCUUUGCCUUGAUGACAGCUUUGCACACUCAUGGCAUUCUCUCAACCAGCUUCAUGAGGUAGUCACCUGGAAUGCAUUUCAAUUAACAGGUGUGCCUUCUUAAAAGUAAAUUUGUGGAAUUUAUUUCCUUCUUAAUGCAUUUGAGCCAAUCAGUUGUGCAGUGACAAGGUAGGGGGGGUAUACAGAAGACAACCCUAUUUGGUCUCCUCUGAACAGUUGAUGUUGAGAUGUGUCUGUUACUUGAACUCUGUGAAGCAUUUAUUUGGGCUGCAAUUUCUGAGGCUGGUUACUCUAAUGAACUUAUCUUCUGCAGCAGAGGUCAUUCUGGGUCUUCCAUUCCUGUAACAGUCCUCAUGAGAGCCAGUUUCAUCAUAGCGCUUGAUGGUUUUUGCAACUACACUUGAAGAAACUUUCAAAGUUCUUGACAUUUUCCGUAUUGACUUACCUUCAUGUCUUAAAGUAAUGAUGGACUGUCGUUUCUUUUUGGUUAUUUGAGCUGUUCUUGCCAUAAUAUGGACAAAUAAUGCUAUCUUCUGUACACCCCCCCUACCUUGUCACAACACAACUGAUUGGCUCAAACGCACAAAUUAACUUUUAACAAGGCACACCUGUUAAUUGAAAUGCAUUCCAGGUGACUACCUCAUGAAGCUGGUUGAGAGAAUGCCAAGAGUGUGCAAAGCUGUCAUCAAGGCAAAGGGUGGCUAUUUGAAGAAUCUGAAAUAUAACAUAAAUUUUGAUUGUGUUUAACACUUUUUUGGUUACUGCAUGAUUCCAUAUGUGUUAUUUCAUAGUUUUGAUGUCUUCACUAUUAUUCUACAAUGCAGAAAAUAGUAAAAAAAUAAGAAAAACCCUGGAAUGAGUAGGUUUGUCCAAACUUUUGACUUGUACUGUAUAUUUCAAAAGAUAAGAAACGGAUUGUUACGUGGCAUUACAACAUUUGAGUUAUGUUUAUAACAAUAGGCUUGAAAGUCCACGCUUUCAGGACAGAGAUGUAUUGCGACUCGCGAGAUGUAUCCCCCCAUGUAUUGUGAGGUUACACAUUCGCCAAAGUUAGAUUCAGAUUGCAUUCUAUUGCACAGGUGUGAAUGUACAAAGUCACAUCUGGAUGUUCCAAUAAAUCUUUUUCCCUAAUCAAUCAAAUGUAAUCAAUGAAAUGUAUUUAUAAAGCCAUUUUUACAUAAGCAGAUGUCACAAAGUGCGUGUACAGAAACCCAGUCUAAACCCCUAAACAACAAGCAAUGCAGAUGUAGAAGCACGGUGGCUAGGAAAAACUCUCUAGAAAGGCAGGAACCUAGGAAGAAACCUAGAGAGAAACCAGGCUAUGAGGGGUGGCCAAAUCUCUUCUGGCUGUGCCGGGUGGAGAUUAUAAGAGUAUAUGGCCAUUAAGGCCAGAUCUUUCGUCAAGAUGUUCAAACGUUCAUAGAUGACCAGCAGGGUAAAAUAAUAAUCACAGUGGUUGUAGAGGGUGCAACAGGUCAGCACCUCAGGAGUAAAUGUCAGUUGGCUUUUCAUAGGGUCGCGACAGCGAGUGCGGUAGAGAGGGAGGGAGGGAGGGAGGGAGGGAGGGAGAGAGGGGAGGAGAGAGAGACGAGUCGAGAGAGAGAGAGAGAGCGAGACGAGGAUGCGGAUAGAUAGAGAGAGUCGAGAUACGGAUGGAGAUUCAGAGGCUCUAGAUAGAGAGCGAGAGAGCUAGAGAGAGCGGUCGGCAUUUCGAUGAGGAGAGAUCUGGUGAGUCAUGGAAGAGACUCAUUCAGAAACUGAAAUGAAUAGAUUGAAAGUUCUUAUCUUUUGAACUUCUGAGUGUAAAGAACUGAUAUGUAUGUUUAUUUACUUUGUUCAUACGACUUCCCUUGCUUUGGAAAGGUGUAACAAACGUUUCCCAUGCCAAUAAAGCCCUUAAAUUGAAUUGAAUUGAGAGGAGAGAGGGAGAUAGGGUCGAAAACAGCAGGUCCGAGACAAGGUAGCACAUCUGGUGAACAGGUCAGGGUUCCAUAGCCACAGGCAAAACAGCAGAAACUGAAUCAGCAGCACGACCAGGUGGACUGGGGACGGGGACAGCCAGGAGUCAUCAGGCCCGGUAGUCCUGAGGCAUGGUCCUAGGGCUCAGGUCCUCCGGGAGAGAGGGAGACUUUGACUUUUAGUCUUUCUUUCAUGACACAUUCUCAUUUCAUUAAAACCUCACCUCCCCCCCUUAAAAUAAAACUUACAAAAUUACCAAAACCCCCUGUACUGAAUACUCACCUUGCCCCCUACCCCACGAUACAAAAACAAUACCACACAUCACAAUAACCCAAACCUCACCACUUCUACAACCAUAUAUCCAGACCAUCUUCCCCAGCUAUACAGACAGCCCCCCCAACACACCAUAUCUCUUGAAACAUCUCCACACUUUUUAUCAUUUUAUAGAACUCAAAUUCUACCCUUAGGCAGGCAGAGACCAUCCCAUGAAAUAAUAGUAAAGGGUGUGUUAUCCCCCCACCUUUGACCCUGUUCCUCCUUGUUAGCCAAAUAGCCAACUUUGCCUGAGCAAACAGAAAAUUCAACACCACACAUUUGGCCUUUUCGUUAUUUGAAUACCUGUACCCCAUUAUAAACAUCCCGACAGUAAACUCCACCCCCAACCUCUCAAAUAAAACACAUGAAUCACAGUUUCACUCAUGACACAGAAAGGACAUCCCUGUCCAACUCCCGGUUCAACCCGUGUCAACCAGCUGUUAGUGGCCAGGGCUCCAUGUAGAACCCUCCACUGGAGGUCUCCUGACCUCUUUGACACUGGGAGUUUGUAGAGCCCCUUCCAUCUAAAACCCACCAUACUCUCUGCCCCACAUACCCCCUGCCACUGAUGUGCCUUCACUCCUGUUAGGCUCCUAAUGUUCCUUACCUAAAUACAGAGGUUGUAUAGGGCUUUACCUUCCACCCCUUCAAAAUCCCCCAGGCUCGGAGUGUUAAAAUCUAACAAGUCCUCCAGACCCCCUUGCCAGUCCCCAGUCUCUGCCGUCACCUGCAGUGGUGGAAACAUUGGUGGCCCCUCCCCCUUUGGCCGCUCAAACAACCCCCCUUACCGGCUCAGACAGUGCCUCCUGGACUUCCCCCAGGAAUCUCUCCAGCAGCCUAAGAGAUGUUAGUCCUGUUUGUUGUGUUACGACUUCUGGGGUUUUCCACCCCUCCUCCCCCAGCAGUCGGAGGUCACCCAGCCUUAGUAAUCCCGCUGCCAUCAGUCGCCUCUGCAGGGUGGAAGAUAGGCUCCUCCCACACCCACAGCCCAGGCUCCACACCUCCUUCUCGUGUGGGCCUUAGUAGCUGCCAGGCCCUCAGCACCGAAGAGUAAAAAUCAGAGAGACCUGCUGUACUCAGCCCCUCCAGCUUCUUGAGGAAUAGCUGCCGGUCCAACCUAAUCCGCCUGCUCUCCUCAGCAGCGCGCAUGCUGGUUCCCUCCAUCCGACAUCAGUAUGGUACAGCAGUCUCUGCGCCGUCUUUAGUCGGAAUGCAGGCACCCUGCUCUACAGUUCCACCAGGCCCUGUCCUGCUUCAUUUACGGACAUAUACAACACUGCCGCCCUCAGCCAGUGAUGGCCCGACCAGAAAAAAUCCACCAGCUUGUGUUGCAGGUCUGCGAGCAGACCGGCGGGGGGGUUGAGGACAGCCAGUUUAUGCCACAGGGAAGAUGCCACCAGGUUGUUGAUUAUCAGCACCCUCCCUCUAUAUGACACUUGGGACAGGAGCCAAGUCCACCUGGCUAGUCUCGACACCACUGCCUGUGACAGCCCCUCCCAGUUCUUCCUGACCCACCUCUCCGAGCCCAGGUACACCCACAGAUCUUUAAGCCCUUCACAACCCCACUGCAAACCCCCUGGAAGCAGAGGAGGGGCCCUAUCCCCCCAUGCCCCACAUAACAGAGCUUUGCUCUUGCCCCAGUUUAUCUUAGCUGACGAAGCUCCCUUGUACACCUUCAGACUAGUCUCUAGUGCCUGCAUAUCCCGACCAUCCCUGACCAUCACAGAAAUAUUAUCUGCAUACGCUGACGCUGCUAUGCCUGUCAACACACCCAUGCCUGUCCAGCACACUCCCUGCAGUCUCCUGCGUAGCAGGCCAAAAAAGGCUCAAUGGCUAGUGUAUAUAACUGCCCUGAUAGAGGGCAUCCUUGUCUAAUGCCCCGCCUCACCAGACUAGCCUACUGAGCCCCCCUUCCAACUUGACCAUACAUGAUGCCCCAGCAUACAACAUCUUCACACAGGCCAAAAACCUUUCCCCAAACCCAAUUACAGACAUCACAUUAAACAGACACUCAUGGUCCACUCUAUCAAAAGCCUUCUCUUGAUCUAAAGAGACCAGUCCAAAGUUCACAUUAGAACCUCUCGACAAGUCCAACAUGUCCCUGAUUAAAAACAAGUUGUCCGUGAUUGAGUGUCCUGGUACGCAAUAUGUCUCGUCCUUGUGUACUAUAGAGUCCAGAUGGGACUUCAGUCUGUUAGCGAGGACCUUGGCAAAUAUAUUGUAGUCUGCACAGAGCAAUGCCACAGGCCUCCAGUUCUUAAAUUCACAAGUCCCCUUUAUUGGGCAGGAGAGUCAGAGCUGCCCAAAAAUUGACUCAGAGACUCAUACUCCUCUCGUCGCUGCCCCCACCUUUCCCAAAAAGUCUGGAAACCUGAACAAAAAGUGGCAUCUUGUAAGAGCUUUACAUUAAACUUCCAAUAGUAUGCCUGCCGAGGACCUGAUGAAAUAGACAGCCGAGCCAUGGUUAUGUGAUAGUCCGAAAAACCCACCGGGUCAAUGGUAGUGCCCAAUAGCCUAUUGCUCUGAUUCCUGGACAUAUAAAAUCGAUCACUCACCCUAGCCCCAAAGACCUUCACCCAUGUAUACUGUCUUGUGUUGGGAUGUCUAGUUCUCCAAAAGUCCACUAGGUCAAACUGAUUAAUGAUAUCCCUUAACACCCCCACUGAGCCUGAAUGAGGCUCCUCCCCAUUACUGUAUUUUGUCAAAUCCAUCGUACAGCUCCAGUCCCCGCCGACCACCAGCGUCUCCUCAGGCGAUAUCUGUGAGAGUUCCUGUCUAAGGCACCCAAAUAGAAGCCCCCUCUCUCUCCCUGUGUUAGGCGCAUACACAUUUGUAAAGACAAAACCCCUGUUGUUAAUUUCUGCUUUUACUACAAGCAGUCUACCCCUAUACACCUCUUUUGAGGAGCUAAUUUUUACAGACAGACCCGGUACAAAAAGGACUGCCACCCCUGCACUAACAUUUGUCCCAUGGCUCAGCACACUUGCCCCUUUCCACCAGAGCCCCCAAUCAACUUAAUUCACCACAUCACUAUGUGUCUCCUACAGAAACAACACCUGUUCUUUUCUUUGUUUUACAUUUUCACCCAACACACUCCUCUUUCCCGCAUCUCUGGCACCAUUAAUAUUAAGCGAGCCUACCUAUAGAGUCUCCAUAAGAAGUGAGAGAAAAGCCAGCAAAGAAAGAGACCAAUUGCAAAGCUCAAAAAGCCCCAGUGCCAGAAAGAAAACUUUAAUCUAAAUGGUGUCUGAAGGUAGACCUUUAUGCACGGUUAUGACCCACUUCCUCAACCUAAACCGUUUCCUGGGUGAGAGGACACCAUGCCCCUCAUUUUUCAUAGCAUGUUGUACUGAUCUUACAAUCUUGAGACAGGGGGUGGUUUGGGGGACACUGUGGCCCUGUCCAACGAUACCCCCGGCCAGGGCCAACCAGGCAGGAUAUAACAUUUUACAUUUUUAGUCAUUUAGCAGAUGCUCUUAUCCAGAGCGACUUACAGUUAGUGAGUGCAUACAUUUUCAUACUGGCCCCCCGUGGGAAUCGAACCCACAACCCUGGCGUUGCAAACGCCAUGCUCUACCAACUGAACUACACGGGACUAACCCCACCCACUUUGCCAAAGCACAGCCCCCACACCAUUAGAGGGAUAUCAACAGACCACCAACUUACUACCUUGAGACAAGGCUGAGGAUAGCCUACAAAGUUCUUCUCCACCGCACGAGCCCGAGGGGGUGUAAAACCAGACAGGAAGAUCACGUCAGUGACUCAACCGACUCAAGUCAAGUAUAGCGAAAAAAGCAAGGCACAAUGUGACGCACCCCUCCUAGGGAUGGCAUGGGAGAGUACUAGUAACUCAGUGACUCAGCCCCCGUAAUAGGGUCAGAGGGAGAGAAUCCCAGUGGAGAGAGGGCAGCAAGGGCGGUUUGUCACUCCAGUUCCUUGCCGUUCACCUUCACACCCCUGGGCCAGACUACACUCAAUCAUAGGACCUCCUGAAGAGAUGAGUCUUCAGUAAAGACUUAAAGGUCAAAACUGAGUCGGUGUCUCUCACAUGGAUAGAUAGACCAUUCCAUAACAAUUGAACUUUAUAGGAGAAACCCCUGCUUCCAGCUGAUUGCUUAGAAAUUCAAUAAGUAUGCCUGCGUCUUGUGACCGUAGCAUACAUGUAGAUAUGUACGGUAGGACCAAAUCAGAGAGAUAGGUAGGAGAAAGUCCAUGUAAUGCUUUGUAGGUUAGCAGUAAAACCUUGAAAUCAGCCCUAGCCUUAACAGGAAGCCAGUGUAGAGAGGCUAGCACUGGAGUAAUAUGAUACAUUCUUUGGUUCUAUUCAAGAUUCUAUCAGCCGUAUUUAGCACUAACUUCAGUUUAUUUAGUGCUUUAUCCAGGUAGCCGGAGAGUAGAGCAUUACAGUAGUCUAAUCUAGAAGUGACAAAAGCAUGGAUUAGUUUUUCUGGAUAAUGUUUGGGACAAAACAUUUCAGAUUUUGCAAUGUUACGAAGAUGGAAACAGCUGCACUUGAAAUAUACUUGAUAUGUUUGUCAAAAGAGAGAUCAGGGUCCAGAGUAACUCGGAGUACCUUCAUAGUUUUAUUUGAGACGACAGUACAACCAUCAAGAUUAAUUGUCAGAUCAAACAGCAGAUCUCUUUGUUUCUUAGGACCUAGAACUAACAUCUCUGUUUUGUCCGAGUUUAAAAGGAAAACAUGUGCUUCCAUCCACCUCCUUAUGUCUGAAACACAGGCUUCCAGGGUAGGCAAUUUUGGAGCUUCACCAUGUUUCAUUGAAGUGUACAGUUGUGUGUCGUCCGCAUAGCAGUGAAAGUUGACAUUGUGUUUCCGAAUGACAUCACCAAGAGGUAGAAUAUACUUUCAACAGAAGUGCGUCAAUCGUAUCUUACAGAAUUAUCCAUUUGGAACUCAGGAAGGUCACAGAGGGUGUCUGUAUGAUAGGUUGUAAAUAUAGACUACGGUGGCAUAAGGGGCCAAGCAGCUUUUAUUUAAGUGCCUCAUUGAAUUCAAUCAAACUAUAUUGGUUAAUAUGUAGGCUACAGUUGAUGUCCUUUUGAAGUUAUGUGGAUCUUGACCUAGAUGCCCAGUUAUGGGUACAGGGGACGUGACUGUCGCUGUAACCUGUACCUGCUACCCACGGGAGAGACGGUCUACUUCAUUGCAUCUGUUGUGGUGCUGUACAACGUGGACGAGCAGCUCCAGAGACACUACACCGGGCACACUGAUGACAUCAAGUGGUGAGAAAAAACAGAAUGUGAAACUUUAUUUCUCCUGUACUGUACAGAAAUUUCGACCUAAGCUGGACGUAUGAUGCUGUCCUAAUAUGGACACUAUACUCAUCAAACACUGCCCUAUUUCACCUAGCUAUAAAUAAUUUUCACCAUCAUCCAUGUAUUCUCAGACCAACAGUACAGUUGAGUAAUUUAUUAAGCAAUUUUUUUACAAUAAUUUGUUGACAACUAAAGUAUGUAUACAUCUGGCCCUUCAUUGGACACUGUGUUAACAAACCUCCAAACGAGCUUCAAUGCCAUACAACACUCCUUCCGUGGCCUCCAAUUGCUCUUAAACGCUAGUAAAACUAAAUGCAUGAUCUUCAAUCAAACACUGCUUGCACCCGCCUGCCCGACUAGAAUCACUACUCUCGGCGGCUCUGACUUAGAAUAUGUGGACAACUACAAAUACCUAGGUGUCUGGUUAGACUGUAAACUCUCCUUCCAGACUCACAUUAAGCAUCUCCAAUCCAAAGUUAAAUCUAGAAUUGGCUUCCUAUUUUGCAACAAAGCCUCCUUCACUCAUGCUGCUAAACAUGCCCUCAUAAAACUGACUAUCCUACCGAUCCUUGACUUCGGCGAUGUCAUUUACAAAAUAGCUUCCAACACUCUACUCAGGAAAUUGGAUGUAGUCUAUCACAGUGCUAUCCGUUUUGUCACCAAAGCCCCAUAUACUACCCACCAUUGUGACCUGUACGCUCUCGUUGGCUGGCCCUCACUACAUAUUUGUUGCCAAACCCACUGGCGCCAGGUCAUCUAUAAAUCCCUUCUAGGCAAAUCCCCGCCUUAUCUUAGCUCAUUGGUCACCAUAGCAACACCCACCCGUAGUAUGCGUUCCAGCAGGUAUAUCUCACAGGUCAUCCCCAAAGCCAACACCUCCUUUGGUCGCCAUUCCUUCCAGUUCUCUGCUGCAAAUGACUGGAACGAACUGCAAAAAUCUCUGAAACUGGAGACACUUAUCUCCCUCACUAUCUUUAAGCAUCAGUUGUCAGAGCAGCUUACCGAUCACUGCACCUGUACACAGCCCAUCUGUAAUUAGCCCACCCAACUACCUCAUCCCCAUAUUGUUAUUUACAUUGUUUUUUAUUUUGCUCAUUUGCACCCCAGUAUCUCUAUUUGCACAUAAUCUUCUGCACAUCUAUCACUCCAGUGUUAAUUAUUUUGCACUAUGGCCUAUUUAUUGCCUUACCUCCAUAACUUACUACAUUUGCACACACUGUAUAUAGAUUUUCUAUUGUGCUAUUGACUGUACGUUUUGUUUAUUCCAUAUGUAACUCUGUGCUGUUGUUGUUUUUUCCGCACUGCUUUGCUUUAUCUUGGUCCAGGUCGCAGUUGUAAUUGAGAACUUGUUCUCAACUGGCUUACCUGGUUAAAUAAAGGUUAAAUAAAAUAAACAAAUGUUUCUGGUAUCCAAAGUUGGAAGGGCUUUGCAACCCACCUUGUUGCACACUUGUGUCACGCUACCUUUGAUAUCAAAUCCUCCGUAUUUCUAUACAGACAGAGCUACCGUGACACCACUGCUUUGAUCAGUAUUCUCAUAUAGUCCCAUAGAAUAACCCAUAGGGUAAACAGGUGGCUGGUCUGCAGCUGCUUUGUCCUCAGUGAUAGCGAUGGCCAGGUAAUUAUCUCAGACAGAAAAGGCUGGUUGGAAAUAUAAUGAGCUGAAACUUGAGGGGUCGCCCUGAGGUCAUGCUCAUAAUGAAAAGCGAAAUAAUUAGAGUUGAGUCAUGGCUGGGCACAGAAAGAUGUUAGCUUCCUUUUCACUGUAAUACAGAUAUUCCUGACAUUCACUUAUCUCUGUAAGGCAUAGUGCCCUUCUGUUGUGCCGUUCUAUCGGAAGCUGUCAGUAACAGAAGGGGAAGAAGGGGACAGUCUUGUCAACAUCAGUAGGAAUCAAUCAAUCAUCGACUUAGGAGGCGCACACACCACCCACCGCUUCCGAGUAUAUUAGUCACUAAUGUUCAGUCUUUGGCUAACAAAGUAGAUGAGCUCAGGGCAAGGAUUUGUUUCCAGAGACAUCAGGGCCUGUACUUUGUUUCAAGGAAACAUGACUCUCUCGGGAUACUCUGUCAGAAUCGGUCCAGCCAGAGGGAUUCUCAGUUCAUCGCGCAGAUAGGAAUAAAUAUCUCUCCUGGAAGCAGAAGGGAAGAGGUGUGUGUUUCAUGAUUAGCAACUAAUGGUGUAAUUGUAGUAACAUACAGGAACUCAAGUCCUUCUGUUCACCCGACCUAGAAUACCUCACAAUCAAAUGCCAACCGUAUUAUCUCCCAAGAGAAUUUUCCUCCAUUAUAGCCACGGCCGUUCAUAUCCCCCCUCAAGCCGAUACCACGACGGCCCUCCAAGAACUUCACUGGACUUUAUGCAAACUGGAACCCACAUAUACUGAGGCUGCAUUUAUUGUAGCUGGGAAUUUUAAUCAAGCACAUUUGAGGUCUAGGCUGUCGAAGUUCUAUCAACAUAUCGACUGUAGUACUCGUGCUCCUAAAACACUGGACCACUGCUUUCAAACUUCCGCGAUGCUUACAAGGCCCUCCCCCGCCCUGCUUUCAGCAAAUUUGACCACGACUCCAUUUUGCUUCUCCCUUCCUAUAGGCAGGAACUCAAACAGGAAGUACCUGUGCUAAGGACUACUCAACGCUGGUCUGACCAAAUUCGAAUCCACGCUUCAGGAUUUUUUUGAUUCCGCGGACUGGGAAAUGUUCCGGGUAGCUUGCGAAAAUAAUUUAGACGAAUACACUGAUACAGUAACUGAGUAUAUCAGGAAGUGUAUAGGAGAUGUCGUACCCACUGUGACUAUUAAAACCUACCCUAAACAGAAACCGUGGAUAGUUGGCAGCAUUUGCGUGAAACUGAAAGCGCGAACAACUGCAUUUAACCAUGGCAAGGUGACUAAGAAUAUGGUAGAAUACAAACAGUGUAGUUAUUCACUCCGCAAGGCAAUCAAACAAGCAAAACGUCAGUAUAGAGACAAAGUGGAGUCGCAAUUCAAUGGCUCAGACACGAGAAGUAUGUGGCAGGGUCUACAGACAAUCACGGACUACAAAAGGAAAUACCAGCAACGUCGCAGAGACUGAGUCUUGCUUCCGGACAAGCUAAACACCUUCUUCGCCCGCUUUGAGGAUAACACAGUGCCACCGACGCGGCCUGCUACCAAGGACUGUGGGCUCUCCUUCUCCAUGGCCGACGUGAGUAAAAAAUUUAAACAUGUUAACCCUCGCAAGGCUGCCGGCCCAGACGGCAACCCUAGCCGUGUCCUCAGAGCAUGCGCAGACCAGCUGGCUGGUGUGUUUACGGACAUAUUCAAUCUCUCCCUGCCUGCUUCAAGAUGGCCACCAUUGUUCCUGUACCCAAGAAAGUAAAGGUAACUGAACUAAACGACUAUCGCCCCGUAGCACUCACCUCUGUCAUCAUGAAGUGCUUUGAGAGACUAGUCAAGGAUUCCUCUGUGGUCCUCUGUAGCUCAGCUGGUAGAGCAUGGCGCUUGUAACGCCAGGGUAGUGGGUUCGAUCCCCGGGACCACCCAUACACAAAAAAAAAAAUGUAUGCACGCAUGACUGUAAGUCGCUUUGGAUAAAAGUGUCUGCAAAAUGGCAUAUUAUUAUCAUAUCACCUCUACCUUGCCUGACCCCCUAGACCCACAUCAAUUUGCUUACCACCCCAAUAGAUCCACAGACGAUGCAAUCGCCAUCACUUGGCACACUGCCCUAUCCCAUCUGGACAAGAGGAAUACCUAUGCAAGAAUGCUGUUCAUUGACUAUAGCUCAGCAUUCAACACCAUAGUACCCUCCAAGCUCAUCAUUAAGCUCGAGGCCCUGGGUCUGAACCCCGCCCUGUGCAACUGGGUCCUGAACUUCCUGACGGGCCGCCCCCAGGUGGUGAAGAUAGGAAACAACACCUCCACUUUGCUGAUCCUCAACACUGGGGCCCCACAAGGGUACGUGCUCAGCCCACUCCUGUACUCCCUGUUCACCCAUGACUGCAUGGCCAAGCACGCCUCCAACUCAAUCAUCAAGUUUGCAGACGACACAACACCAGUAGGCUUGAUUACCAACAAUGACGAGACAGCCUACAGGAAGGAGGUGAGGACUCUGGGAGUGUGGUGCCAGGAAAAUAACCUUUCACUCAACGUCAACAAAACAAAGGAGAUGAUCGUGGACUUCAGGAAACAUCAGAGGGUGCACCCCCCUAUCCACAUCGACGGGACCGCAGUGGAGAAGGUGGAAAGCUUAAAGUUCCUUGGCGUACACAUCACUGACAAACUGAAAUGGACCACCCACACAGAAAGUGUGGUGAAGAAGGCCCAACAGAGCUUCUUCAACCUCAGGAGGCUAAAGAAAUUUGUCUUGGCACCUAAAACCCUCACAAACUUUUAAGAGCAUCCUGUCGGGCUGUAUCACCACCUGGUAAGGCAACUGCACCGCCCACAACCGCAAGGCUCUCCAGAGGGUGGUGCGGUCUGCACAAUGCAUUACCGGUGGCAAACUACCCGCCCUCCAGGACACCUACAGCACCCGAUGUCACAGGAAGGCCAAAAAGAUAAUCAAGGACAUCAACCACCCGAGACACUGCCUGUUCACCCCGCUAUCAUCCAGAAGGCGACUAUGGGAGACUGAAAAACAGCUUCUAUCUCAAGGCCAUCAGACUGUUAAACAGCCAUCACUAGCACAUUAGAGGCUGCUGCCUAUCGACAUAGACUAGAAAUCACUAGCCACUUUAAUAAUGUUUUCAUAUCUUGCAUUACUCAUGUCAUAAGUAUAUACUGUAUUCUAUAUUCUAUACUAUUUUACUGUAUCUUAGUCCAUGCCGCUCUGACAUCGCUCAUCCAAAUAUGUAUAUAUUCUUAAUUAAUUCCUUACUUAGAUUUGUGUUUAUUGGGUAUAUGUUGUGAAAUUGUUCGAUAUUACUUGUUAGAUAUUACUGCACUGUCGGAGCUAGAAGCACAAGCAUUUUGCUACACCUGCAAUAACAUAUGCUAAACAGCAAUUCACAGUUUCAUACUACACUUAAGACACAAAACAUUUAUCUUUGAUAUGCUUUGAGGUCUCAGUGGUUUUUCAUCAUUGUUCAAAUCGGCCUUCAGAUGUUCAAAGUGUUUGCCGUCUCUCUGUUCCUCUGUCUGUGUUCUAUAGUCUGGCUGUACAUCCUGAUAAAAUCACCAUAGCAACAGGACAGGUGGCAGGCACGUCUUCUGAAGGCAAAGUAAGUGACCUCUCAUCCUCACAUAACUUUGAACCUAUGAACAGUUCACUUAUUUAAUCAUUAGAAAUAAUGUGUGUGUGUGUGUGUGUGUAUGUGUGUGUGUGUGUACUGACAGCAGUUGGCUCCUCAUGUGCGUGUUUGGGACUCUGUGAGCCUCAACACCCUCCACGUUCUGGGGACAGGCUUCUUUGACCGCGCCCUGGUUUGCCUCGCAUUCUCCAAGUCGGUAAGCAAUGGACCUUGGUAAAACAACAUGCAUGCAUAUCAUAUCUCAUAUGUGAACCAGAUUUUGAGUGUGCCUUUACUGGUCAGAAAAGGUUUCCUAAAUAACUGAGGACAGGGCUGAUCCAUCUUUCUUGAUCUGUGCAGAACGGAGGCAACACACUGUGUGUAGUAGACGACUCCAACGACCAUGUGCUCUCUGUGUGGGACUGGCAGAGAGAGGAGAGACUGGCUGAUGUCAAGGUGAGUGUAUAUGUGUCCGACCGGGGUUUGAACCUGUGCGCAUCAGAAAAUUGUUAGCCCUCUAAACUAAAGUCUUCAGGCCUCAGGAAAGCUUACCUGGCUUUUGAGUUGCUCUAUCGAUCCUCAUAGACGUUUGGCACGUGUCACGAUGAUUGUUUCUGUCCCGUUACAGUGUUCCAACGAGGCAGUGUUCGCUGCCGACUUCCACCCCACUGACACCAACAUUAUAGUCACGUGUGGGAAGUCACACCUCUACUUCUGGACACUGGAGAGGGGUACCCUUGCCAAGAAGCAAGGCUUGUUCGAGGUAUGACAUGAGAUUUCUCAUUUAUACUGCCUCAUGUUCAUCUGCUAGAUAAUCUGAGUUUUAGAGGAAAUGUAUUUGCUAAAAUCAAUAUAAUAUAUGCCAUUUAGCAGACGCUUUUAUCUAAAUUCAAUGCAGCUAGAACCGGCUGUGUUGCCUUUGGUCUUUAGUUCUUCACCCCAUGUUAGAGAAUGUCAUAUUUUCAGGUUUUCAGUAGUUAGGUUCUCUGUAGUGUUAUUGAAGCUGCAUGUCUAUCUCCGUCUGUUUUCUGACUAUACAACUCUGUUCUAUCUCUGCCCCCCAAGUAAAUAAAGCCAUAUUUAUGUUCCUUGCAGAAACAAGAGAAGCCCAAGUUUUUCUUGUGUGUGACUUUUUCAGAAAAUGGAGACACCAUAACUGGAGACUCAAGUGGAAAUAUACUGGUGUGGGGAAAAGGUAAAACUGUCAUUCGAUAGAAUUAACCAUCAAACCCAAAAGGGUUCUACCUGGAACCAAAAAGGGUUCUUCAAAGGGUUAUCCUAUUGGGACAGCCAAAGAACCCCUUUAGGUUCUUUUUUUCUAAGAGUGCAGCUCCCUGUCCUGUUGUUUUCAGAGUGUGUGUUUGUUACAUUUACAUUUUAGUCAUUUAGCAGACGCUCUUAUCCAGAGCGACUUACAGGAGCAAUUAGGGUUAAGUGCCUUGCUCAAGGGGGAACAUUGACAGAAUAUACAAAAAUAAAACAAAAAGGUCACAGACAGAUUUUUCAGCUAGUUGGCUUGGUCAUUCAAACUAGCGACCUUUUGGUUAUUGGCCCAUUGUUUUGCCCCAUUUUGGCUCAUCAAAGGCUCUUUAUUAUGAGAGAGUUGUCAGGAGGCUGGGGUCAGAAUAUGGUCAUGCCUAGGAUAGAACAACAAGGUCUGUCUUGUGAGUGAACUGCUCUUGACCAUGUGUUGUAGAACAAACAGCUAGCUAUCUUCUGCCUUCUCCAAGGGUGUUCUGUCUUUCUCUCUGUUUUACAGGCACUAAUCGAAUUAGCCACACCAUUCAGGGUGCACACGAGGGGAGCAUCUUUGCACUGUGUAUGUUGAGGAACAGCACAUUGGUGUCAGGAGGAAAAGAUCGGAAACUCAUCUCUUGGGAUGGGAGCUACCAGCAGAUCCAAUCGGUUGAGGUGAGACACGUGCGGAUUCGUGUACAUACACCCAAAAAAGUAGACCCAUGAUAUAGGCCAUUUCCAUAGUACAUCUACAGUAUAUCAGGGUCUUGGCCAUAGGAUAAAUUAAUUAAGACGUCCUUUGAAGUCCUUUUGCAUAUUGCAAAAGAUAAUGCUAGCUUUUUCAGAAAUAUGGGGGUUUUGGUUGAUGCAUGUUCACAGUAAGUAUUUAUGUAAACAGUAAUACCAAUGAUUUGUACAAGGAAAAUGUGCUCUUUUACAAUGCCCAUGUCCCCUCUCCAUACCCCCCACCCAGCCAUCUGUAAAAUCAAACACAGAUAAUACAAAGAAAACAACCCUCACACCUACCGUGGCAGGAAGCUUACCAUUGGUAUGAAUAAUCAUAUUUAUUUUCCCACCUUUCCCAGGUUCCUGAGUUAUUUGGCCCUGUCCGCACUGUUGCCGAGGGCAAAGGGGAGAGUGUGCUUAUUGGGACCACCAGGAACUAUGUUCUACAAGGCAGUUUGUACGGCGAAUUUACCCCCAUCACACAAGUGGGUAAAAUCAAAGCCAUAUAGAUAUGGCUGUGGGUACAAUGAUUGGACAUUCUAGUUCAUGCUGACGUAGGGUGUUUUCAGUUAAUUCAGACAUUCUUUAAGCUCAUUAGCUGGUUAUUUAGUAAUGUCCAGCAUCUUCUGGCUAGCAUUUUUGGUGCAUGUAGCAAUGCUAAUGGUAACAGAUGGACCCAGCUAGAGGAAAGUACAGAAUGGGACUACAUUAAGCAAGUAUUUGCCUCUUUCUAGCAACUGAAUGCCAACUAGGCUAACUGUCCUCCCUAACUGCUCCAGGGUCACACCGAUGAGCUGUGGGGGUUGGCCGUGCACCCCUGGAAACCCCACUUCCUCACCUGUGGCCACGACAAGCACGUCAGCCUGUGGGACACCUCCACGCACCAGCCUGUCUGGACCAAGACUAUGGAGGUAGAGAGGCAGACAGUGCUCCCUGGGGGACAACUCUGAGCCUCACACGUUAUACUCAGUUAACAUGAAAUGUAUGAGUAGAAGGGCCACAAGCUUAGCUUGUUCCCUGAUAUGUUUGUGCUGUAUAGCCAACAACUGUCAUGACAAAUAUAUUGGCUAUACAGCACAAACAUAUCUGGGACCAGGCUACCACAAGCUUUUGCUGACCACAUGAUCUGAUUCAGAAAAACGAUGUUUGUGCCCUAAUUAUAAUAGUGGAGAAAUGUGUAGGGUACUAUCUCAACCCUUUGUGUUUAUAAAUCUCUCAAAAAGCUUCAGUCUCUCUGUGUUGUAAUAGAUCUUCACUGAGGCUGGUUAUUUGGGUGUGGUAAAAUGUGUUAGGAUGCAGUAUUGAAAUGAGACAUCCUUUGUUUCUUUCAUGAACAGGACGCAGCUCAGUCUGCUGGAUUCCAUCCCUCUGGAGCAGUGGUUGCUAUAGGAAUGCAGACCGGCAGGUGAGAAAGUAGUGCUCGAGGAGAAUCUUAUUAUGCCAAUUCAAUCACAAAAGCCAUAGAGAUCUGCCAGUAACAAUAAUAACACAUGUAAUUUGCAUAGUGCUUUUCAGUACAAUAUGAAUCUCAAAGGGGUGUUGUGAAACUACAGGAGAUGUGAUGUGUUAGUAUGCUUUUAAUCAUGAGAGGAUGGAUAACUUUCAUCAUACAGGUGGCUGGUGCUGGAGACCGACUCUAAGGAUCUAGUCACAGUGCACACAGAUGGAAAUGAACAGCUGUCUGUUAUAAGCUUUGCACCGGGUAAGUGUUCUUAAGGCUCUUAUAUUGCUUUAUUACUUGUUAUAAGCAUGCAUGAGGCUUUAUUAUGACAUAUUAUAAGGAUUAUAAUAGGUUAUGUCUCUCUAUGUAGCACAUCUUCUAAAUAAAAAUGGCUGUUAUUUAGUCAGUAUCAUUAUCAGAUGAUAGUUGUAGGGCUGUCAAAGUUAACACGUUAAUAACGCGUUAACGUGGCGUAAUUUUUUGAAACUGUUAAUCGCAUGUCCCUUUUUAAGUGCAUGUGUUUCCGCAUGGACCGUAUUCCUGGGGGGGUGGUUCUACUAAGCUAACAUAUGGAUUGUUUUAAGAUGGUCAAACCAACAAUCAUUUCGCUAUUUGAUUUUGAAUUUUAGGAUCCCUUUAGGUAUAAAAAGGAUAUAUAUUAGAUUUUUGCUGAAACAUUGAAUUUGGCCUUAGCCCAUAGAAACGCAUUGAAUAACAGAUUCAUACAUGGAAAAACAGAUAGUAAAAAACAAAUCUAAAGGAAGCUUGUUUUUAAGUGUCUGUCCUAUAUCUGAGAGAUAUAAGAAGAUCAGGAAAUUAUUAGAUUUUCUUCCCCCCACAUAUUUAACAUAUUUAACACAUAUGUUGGGCACUAAACUACUUCCACAUACACUGAGUUUACAAAACAUUAGGAACACUUGCUCUUUCCAUGACAUAGACUGACCAGGUGAAUCCAGUAUAAAAAAAAUGGGAAGUAGGAACACCUUCCUAAUAUUGAGUUGCACCCCCAUUUGUCCUCAGAACAGCCUAAAUUCGUCAGGGCAUGGAAGCGUUCCACAGGGAUGCUGGCCCAUGUUGACUCCAGUGCUUCCCACAGUUGUGCCAGCAGCAUUGCAGUUAUUUUUUUAGCGAUCCAAUUGACAUUUUAGUCAUUUAGCAGACGCUCUUAUCCAGAGCGACUUACAAUUAGUGAGUGCAUACAUUUUUCAUACUGGCCCCCCUGUGCACAACCGGUGCACCUGGCACCUACUACCAUACCCCGUUCAAAGGCAAUUAAAUGUUUUGUCUUGCCCAUUCACCCUCUGAAUGGCACACAAUCAAAAUCCAUGUCUCAACUGUCUCAAAGCUUAAAAAUCUUUCUUUAACCUGUCUCCUCCCCUUCAUCUACACUGAUUGAAGUGGAUUUAACAAGUGACAUCAAUAAGGGAUCAUAGCUUUCACCUGGAUCCACCUGGUCAGUCUAUGUCAUGGAAAGAGCAGGUGUUCUUAAUGUUUUGUAUACUCAGUGUAGGUUGACUGUGAUACGGAUACAUGCCAUAUUAUUUAUGUCGGCGACAUUAUCUGUUCUAACCUACAUCUCCUGUCCCUAUCCCUAGAUGGCAAUUUCCUGGCGAUCGGCUCUCAUGACAACUACAUCUAUAUCUACGCAGUGGGGGAGAGUGGCAGGAAGUACAGUCGAGUGGGAAAGUGC